GAGUAGUCGGGCGCGCGCCGGUGACGUCAGGGAGGCGGGAGCGGGCCGGCGAUGGCGCUGUGUCGGGGGCGCGCUCUGCGGCUGCUGCACCGACUGGUGUCCGGGGGUCGGGCGGCCCCGCACCCGCACCCGCACCGCGCCGCUGACCGCGGGCGGGGCUCACGGGCUGGAUUCUGUUUCCACAACAGACUGUACAGGGGGCUGCAAACGUCAGUGCACUUAAGAAUGGUCAGUGAGGAGCACCCCCACAACUCCCAGACGGACACUGAGCGCCAAGAUCCCAACUCCAGCAGUUAUUCAGAUCAGAGUGCAGAGAAAGGAGAGGGCUUCGAGUCUGAGGAUCAGCUGAGGCAGCAGCUCCUCUCAUCGGCACUGAAAUUUGUCCCUAGGUAUGGCUGGUCCGUGGAGGCCAUUGCAGAAGGAGCCAAGGUGUUGGAGCUGUCGCCAGCGGUUACUGGGAUGUUCAGUCACGGCCCGGGCGAUUUAGUGCUGCACUUUGUCACUCAGUGCAAUAGGCAGCUCUCCCAGGCACUUGCCGAGCAGCACAGACUGGUGGAGCUGGGACAGGAGGAGGCGAAGACAACUGACGUAUUUAUCAAGGAUGCAGUGGAGGCCCGGCUGCGGAUGGUGAUCCCUUACGUCGACAGCUGGCCACAGGCGAUGAGCCUCCUGCUGAUGCCGGAGAACGUGGCUGACAGUUUGCGGAGCCUGACGGAGAUGGUGGAUGAGAUCUGGUUCUAUGCAGGGGACAAGUCCACCGACUCUAACUGGUACACAAAGCGGGCUGUGCUGGCUGGAAUCUACAAUGCCACAGAGCUGGUGCUGGUGCAGGACUCGUCCCCCGACUACGAGAACACCUGGACCUUCCUGCAACACCGAGUCAAUGAUGUGGUCGGCAUGGCCCGGUCCGCCAAACAGGCCCAGCUGACGGGGAAGGCUGUUCUCCAAGGUCUGAUGGGGGCUGCGGUUACCGUGAAGAACCUGACCGGGAUCGGCCCACGUCGGUGAGCUCUGCCUGUGGCUGUCCAGACAGGCAGAGUCUGGGAGUGUGUGUGCGUGUGUGUGGGGAGCAGGGCUGCGUCACGUCCAACCUGCCGUGUAUAGCAUCCAGAUACAAAGCAAUGCAGUGAAAGAAUAAAAAGAUGGUAUCAAA